AGCAAUGAAGCAUCGCUGAGAUAGAAGCAAAAAAUGGGGAAAAAUAAAGGGAAAUCGCAGCAGAAAGGCAAAGACAGUGUCCUGUUCAAAACUGUUGGAACUAAAAUAACCAAAAACAAGAAAACGAAACCAGUCAACAUAAACCUUAAAAAGCUAAAACACCUAACGAAAUCCAAGACCGAAGAGGUUGACCAAACCUGGAAAGAUGUACGAGAAAUACCGAAGUCGAGCUCGUCGUCUACGACACAAAAGAAGGACGGCAAAGCUAAGCCCGCUACUAGGAACAUUCAGCAACGGAAACCACCCCCAAAUGUAGACCAGGAACUUAAGAAUUUUGCGGCGCUGUGAAACUGAAUUUUAACCAUCCAAUGUAACUUUCUAUUUCGGUUUCUAAAUUUCCGAUUUUUGAACGAAAAAGAAAAGAUAAAUAAAUAUAGAAUGAUUGGGAGAUAAGCGACAGGGAAGACAAUUAUCUUUAAGCGCAUUCAGAACCGCGGACUAACAGAUCCACGGAUCAAAUAUGGCGA